UUAAAAUGCCUGCCGCAAUUGUUGAUAAAUAUUGGAAUGCUCUCUGGUUUAAUCUUUGUCGCCAAACAUUGGCGACUUUUGGCCAAUUUUUUACCCGAUCAUUUUUGGUUAAUUUUUUCCUUGUUCACUGUUCAUUUCUUGUCGUCCACUCUCCUUUUUUCAAACUUAUUUGCCCGCCUAAAUUCCUUUCAUUUAUUUUUGUGUCCGUUCGUACCAGCCACCCUCUGUUCUCUUACUUAUUUUUUCCUAUUGUUUUUGGACUUGGCUUCUCUGGCCGAGUCUUCUCUUCUGUUUAUUUUUCUCUAGCUACUUCGCGCAAUUUUUCAAACUUACAUUUUUUCAUUAUUUUAUUGCCAGACCCCGCCCUUAUUUGCGCCUAUUUAAGAGGUAGAUCAGCCACCCAAAUAUCCUCAUUCUUCUUCAACUUCAACAACCUUCAACUUAAAUCGCGUGUGGCUGAUCUGCUUCGCUGGCCCCUUGCUGGCCCUCAACUUGUUCGCCCUGAUUGUUUAUUGCUAUUUGGAGAAAUAAAAUUGCUUUUUGUUGGACUUGUGUGUGUUUUUUUGGGUGGUUAA